GUCAAUAAGGACGAACCAUGACACAUCUUCGCUAUCGAGAGAGCGGGAGUGGAUCGUAACCCUUGGCUAGCGAAAAUGCAAGCACAAUAAGGAGAGUUACAAAAAAAAAAUGCAUUUUCCGGAAUAAAUCCGUAUUUGAUAAUAUUAAAAUACUAACAGUAGUUCCGAUGUCUGACAAAUGGAUGUAGAAUUUGCUGACAGAAUUACAAACCUUUGUUUUGAAAGAUAUAAACAACUGCCAAAAAAAGGGAAGGGACAACCUGGAAAGGAAUGGACAGUUUUAGCAGGAAUAGUUAUAACCACAAAGAGUGAUUAUUCAGAUCCAGAAGUUAUUGCAGUAGGUACUGGCACUAAAUGUUUGGGGAAGUCUCAGCUUAGUCAUUCUGGUGACAUUGUAAAUGACAGUCAUGGAGAGGUUUCGGCAAGAAGAGGCUUUAUAUUGUAUCUAUACCAACAGUUGAUGAUGGUGUAUAAAGGGGAGACAAGUCAUGUUUUUACUUCACCAGAUCCUGAUACAUUGAGAUGUCAUUUAAAGGAGAAUGUACGGUUCCAUUUCUUCUGUAGUCACACACCAUGUGGUGAUGCCUCUAUCUUUCCAAUAAAAAAUGAACAGAAAGAAUCAAAUAAAAAGCCAAAUAUGUUUGGUCAAGAUUCCGAAAGAAUUAGGAUAUGCUGCAAAGACAGGUAUUGUCCAAGGGAAAUACAUGAAGAGAAACAGGAUUCUAGUAAACAGAAAGUUCAUGACUUAAGGUCAGAUGAUGAAACAAAGAAUAUAAUUGGAUUAGAGUUAUCUAAGACAUGCACUGUAGAAUCUCAGAAUCAUUCUAUACCAGAUGAAUGUGAGAAUAGUGUAAAAUCUUCACCUAAAACUGAAAUUAAUUUAAUUGAUGAAAAAUGUAUGAAAAGAAUACAUGACAAGGAAGAACAUUUAGCAUGUAAAAAACAAAAACUGCCAGAUAAUAAAACUCUAAAUGAUGCAGGUAUACAACAAACAAAUAGAACUGGUGCCAACUGUGAUUGUGUAGGGAACCAGGGCACUGAAGUAGCGGAGCAGUUUAAUGAUAUCAGUAGAACAGGAGCUAAAUGUGUUGGUACAGGGGACCAGGACAUGAGAGGAGAAGGAGACCAGUAUCACACAUUAGGAGUGUUCCGUAUUAAACCAGGUCGUGGUGAGCGUACAUUGUCUAUGUCUUGUAGUGAUAAGAUAGCUAGAUGGAAUGUUGUUGGUUGUCAAGGGGCAUUACUCACUCAUUUUAUACCAACGCCAAUAUAUUUCACCAGUAUUACUAUUGGUAGAUGUUUAUAUAAUAAGUCAGCAUUGUACAGAGCAAUAGUAACCAGAUCAGAUGAAGUGACUGGUUUACCAGAUGGUUAUAGAGUUAACUCCCCUGUGCUGCUGCAGUCACAACUACAAUUUGAAGAUUCUAAAGAUCUGGUACCUAAUGGCAACCCAUCUUCAGCAGCUGUAGUAUGGCAUGAACCAAACACAACUGAUUGUUUAGUGAACGGUAAAAGACAAGGAUUUACUAAGAAAAACUGGAGUAAUCCUAAAUCGAGGUCUAUAAUCAGUAGCUAUGCAAUAUUUGAAAGAUUUUGUGAACUGGUAGAUUUAAUACCUGAAGAAAAGAGACCCCAAUCAUUAAGGUCUGUGGUAGAAAUUAAAAGCAGCAGUUAUUUAGAAUGUAAAAUGGCAUCUGUUACCUAUCAGUCUGCAUGGAGUACAUUGCUGAAGUCAUAUGGGACAUGGGAACACAAGGACAAACACUUACUGAUGUUUAAUAUGGGAAAUGAUUAAAUCUAUUUUAAAAUCAAA